CUGCUGCAGUCUGGUUCUGCGGACAACACCCCACCACUCAGCAAUGGGGCGCCAGAUCAGACUAACGACAGACAGCAACCUGAGGACGAUCACCUUAGUGCCUCUCACAAGGAGGGCAAUCGCCAGACAUCGCCACACACUCAAAGUCAGACCGGAACAAGAGACGACACCUCGGAUGUUCAAGAGACCACAGCUAGAGGAGAGCUGGUGGAUAGCAGAUCAGAAGAACUGCAGUCUCCUGUGAACUCAGAAGACGACAUCGGAGCAUUUAUGUCUCGCGACGACUCAGAUGAAGGAGGCGAUGAAGGAGCAGCAGAUAUUGAGGGAAGUCAGACACCCUGCUCGAGAAGUUCAAGACAGCGACCAGAGGGACUGGGGCGACGGGACAGCCGACUGCGGCAGCGACUGAAGCCCCCACAACGCCUGUUUUGA